AUGUCAUCAUCAAUGGAAACUGACCCGCAACUCCCCAACGGCAACAACACCGGCGCCGCUCCUGCCGCUGGCACUGGUGCUGCCGCCACCACAACUCCAUCAUCAAAGAUUGGCCAACUGGCCGAGUCCUUGAAACUGGAACAUCAGUUCCUCCGCGUUCCCUUCGAGCACUACAAGAAGACGAUCCGCGCCAACCAUCGUAUCGUCGAGAAAGAGGUAUCCGCCGUCAUCUCUGGCGUAUCCAUGGCCGCCGAUUCUGAUCUCUCCCGCGACGAUGCUGUUCUCCAACUAAAUUCUCUUGUAUCCAGAUUACAGGGCCUCAAAAGGAAGUUGGAAGAGGGGAGUCGGACAGAACACUUGCAAGCACAGAAAUGCCGAGCUAGGUUAGACCAUCUAGACUCUGCAGAUGUUGAGAAUUUGUCAGAGUGGAAUAGCACCCGCUUGAAGCGGGUACUGGUGGAUUACAUGUUGCGCAUGUCAUACUACGAAACUGCUGCAAAGCUUGCAGAGAGCAGCAAUAUUCAGGAUCUUGUUGAUAUAGAUGUUUUUCAUGAAGCAAAAAAGGUUAUUGUUGCUCUUCAAGAGAAGGAAGUGGCCCCAGCUCUGGCCUGGUGUGCUGACAAUAAAUCUAGGCUGAAGAAGUCGAAGAGCAAAUUUGAGUUCCAGUUGAGACUGCAAGAGUUCAUAGAGUUGGUACGAGACGAAAAUAACCUGCGAGCUAUAACAUAUGCCCAGAAGCAUCUAUCACCUUGGGGAGCUACACAUAUGAAAGAAUUGCAGCGAGUAAUGGCAACACUUGCUUUCAGAAGUAAUACUGAAUGUGCUAAAUACAAGGUUUUAUUUGAAGAAAAGCAAUGGGAUUACCUAGUCGACCAAUUUAAGCAAGAGUUUUGCAGAUUGUAUGGAAUGACUCUUGAGCCUUUGUUGAACAUAUAUCUGCAAGCGGGCUUGUCAGCUCUAAAAACUCCAUUUUGUUUCGAAGAUGAUUGCACAAAGGAGGAUCCUCUGUCACAGGAGAGCUUCCGCAAAUUAGCGCAGCCACUACCAUAUUCAAAGCAGCAUCAUUCGAAACUUGUUUGUUACAUAAGUAAAGAACUAAUGGAUACCGAGAAUCCACCACUCGUCUUGCCCAAUGGCUACGUCUACAGCACCAAGGCUCUCGAAGACAUGGCAAGGAAAAAUAAUGGUAAAAUCACGUGCCCACGAACUGGUCUGAGUUUCGCUUUUCCCAUAUCUCAUCUUAAAAUCAAAACCCUAAUCUAUAACCCAGGGGAGAAUCUCUCCAGUGCGACUGAGCUAUACCUGGUUGUCAAUUUCUCUCCAAAUCCGGCCAAGGAUUUUGAUUUCUUUCUUCUCCGACUUAUUGUAUUUUCAAUCGAUCAGACUUGUAGUCGUUGUUGA